AUGAAGCUUGUGAUCCAGCGCGUCACGCGAGCUAGUGUCCUGAUCGACGACAAGAUCCACUCCACGAUUGGAAAAGGUUUGCUGCUACUCCUCGGUAUUGAGCAAGGUGAUGGGCUGGAACAGGUGAAUCACCUGGCGUCAAAGGUUUCGAAGAUCCGCUUGUGGCCCGAUCUCAAGGACUCGAAGAAGCAGUGGGCAUCUUCUGUCGUGGAGAACGGCUUCGAGCUGAUGGUAGUUAGCCAGUUCACGCUCUUUGCAACCUUCAAGAAGCCCAAGCCUGACUUCCACCAAGCCAUGGGCGGUAGCGAGGCAGAAGGCCUCUAUGAGGCCUUUGUGGAGAAAUGCCGCAGCGAGCUGGCACCCGGCAAAGUGUCCACCGGCAGCUUUGGUGCGAUGAUGCAGGUGGAGCUCUGCAAUGAUGGGCCCGUGACGGUUGAGCUCUUGUCUCCCGUCGCCCCGAGCACGGCCCCAAGCGCGGCUGCGAGCGCGGCUGCGAGCGCUGCCCCGAGCGUGGCCCCGAGCGCCUCCCCAACGGCGCGGUCCCAAAGAGCGGGCUCGGAACAGUUCGAGGAGUUGCUCGGGCAGCAACCCUACUUGGGUGGGUACCUCCCAGCUGCCAUUGAUGCGGAGCAGUUCGCCAAAAUGUCACAGCCUGGAGGGCGGCCACCGUCAUCACCAAACCUUGCGAGGUGGUACGAGCAUGUGGCUUCCUUCUCGGAGAUGGAGCGGCGUGUUUGGGGCAGCUGA